AUGGCUUCAGAAAUUGCCCAAUCACGCUCAACGAGCUUGUCAACACUCUUAGAGACCCUCACAUCAUGCUUGUCUAGUGCUGCUUCCUCCCUUCCUGCUCCCCACAAAGACGCUUCCUCCGAUGUCUCCAUUGAGCCUCCACAAGAUGGUAUCUCUCUCCUCGAUACGAAAAGCGAAAUCCUUCUCUCCUACCUCCAUAAUCUUGUCUUCCUGAUUAUCUUUCAACUGCGACAAUCAUCUCAACAGAAAUCAGAUGAUUCGGAAAAGGCUACAAACGAUGCGCUUCGGGAUGAUGCCGUGAAGAAGUUAGUCGAGCUUCGGGUAUUCCUUGAUCGCGGUGUACGACCAUUGGAAGGACGUCUGAAGUACCAGGUUGAUAAGGUGGUCAAAGCGGCUGAAGACGCGGAGCGGACCGAGAACCCAUCAAAGUCGAAGAAGGCCACCAAGUCGAGCAAAGCUAAGGAUUCGGGUGAUGAAGUAUCCUCGGAUGGCAGCGAGGACGAUAGCGACGAAGAUGACAUGGAUGAGAUGGCCUAUCGUCCUAAUGUCGCCGCAUUUUCCAAAGCCAAGGUCGACUCCAAACAACAACCCCAAGCCAGAGCUCAACGCGAAGAGCCCAGCGAUGGAAUUUACCGACCACCCAAGAUUAUGCCCACCUCCCUUCCCACCACCGAGCGUCGUCGUGAGCGCGAGGAUCGCCGACCCCGCCGUUCUAAUGUCAUCGAUGAAUUCGUCAAUGCCGAGAUGUCAUCCGCACCCAUGGCCGAGCCUAGUAUUGGUAGCACCAUUCUCGCCGGUGGCCGAGAGACCAAGACCAAGAAAGAUCGCCAAUAUGAAGCCGACCGAGCACGUUACGAAGAAACCAACUUCGUCCGUCUACCAAAGGAGACUAAGAAAGAGGAAUCCAAACGACGUGGCCGCGACCGUGGAACUUACGGUGGAGACGAAUGGAAGGGACUCACAGAGGGCGCUGAUCGCAUUGAGCGUCUUACCCGUCGGAGUAAGAACAGUGGUGCCCUGGACAAGAGUCGGAAGCGAAAGAAUGAGGAUGGACAGCGCGAUGACGGCGUGGGGAUGGGUGAGAUCUUUGACAAGCGUCGCAAGAAGAUUGAUAGUUGGAAGCGGUAG